UGCUAAGCGCUGGUACACUAUGUGAGCUAUGUGCACAUAUAAAUCGAUGGUAGAGUAUAGUGGGAAGCAUUGGGGGAAGAAUUGAAACUGCUGAAGAGUUGCUCGACCAUGGCAGUUGUGGAGGGGGGAAGGGGAUGAAUGGACGAAGGCCGAGGGAAGGAAGAAAUUUUGGGGGAUUAGUCAGCUCCGCAGAGUCUAGACUCUACAACAGACAAAACAAUUUAUUCGAUAAUUGCCCUAAAAAAUUUUCCAGCCAAAAAAUUUAAACGAUUUUCAGUUUUUAUUUAAAAUAUUGGAAAUGAGCGUAAAUACACACUGGCUCUGGAAUCCAGAAGAUUUGGAAAAUACACCUUCAGUUCAGGCUGGUAUAUCCAUGGCAGAAGAAAAUAAAUUAAGAAGGGAAGGUGUGAGGAUGAUUAAAGAAAUGGGAAAAGCUAUUAAUUUAAAAACAAAUCCAACAUUAGCUACUGCAAGUGUAUUCUUUCACAGAUUUUACAUGUUCAACACGUUUGCUGAUUAUCCACCACACAUGAUGGGAUUAGCCUGUCUUUUUCUUGCUGGAAAAGUAGAAGAAACGCCUAAAAAGUGUAAAGAUUUGGUCCAAACUGCUAAAGAUAAAUAUCCGAAACAAUUUGCUGGGAAGAAUUUAAUGGAUGAAUUAAUCCUGCUUGAACGCAUUUUACUACAAACAAUUCGGUUUGAUCUUCAUGUUGAGCAUCCUUACAAUUUUUUGGUCCAAUAUGCUAAGGGAUUUAAACUCGAUAAAGAUUAUAUGAGCAAAAUUGUGACGAAUGCUUGGACGUUUAUCAACGAUUCAUUAGCUACCAAUCUUUGUUUAUUAUGGGAACCUGAAGUUAUUGCUGUUGCACUCCUCUAUAUGUCGUUUAAAAUGGCCAGAAUGGGGGAGGGUCCUGAAGGGGAGGCAAAGAUGGGGGCGGAUACGGAAUGGUGGGAUAUUUAUGUGCAAAAUUUAACUGUUCCAAUGAUGGAGGAUAUUUGUCAUAAGGUGCUAGAUUGUCUCAGUACGGAUGAAUCAAGCAAUUCAACCUAA